GUUCGCACGCCCGCUUGGGAUGGGAUGGGAUGGGAUGGAGGUGUGCCAUCGGUCGUGAUGUCAGAGCGCAAGGACUCUCAUGAUUGGCUCUAAUUAGAAUCUGCGGCAGCAAAUAGACACGCGUCCUGCAUGAUUGGACUCAAAGUGGCUGGUGCCAAAAAGCGCAGAGAGGCGCAGGAGCUCCAGACGCGGGAGGAGGACGCGGCGGUCCGCUGCGCUCCAAAAACGGGCAGACAGGCGAACAGCACUUUUAGCUUGUUAUCGAGAGCUUAUUAGAAGAGUGUGAGGCGGAAUAAGACGCAGCUGAUAUUCCCGGAGCGUUUCGCGUGCGCAACUGCAGCACGGCAACUUCAGAAACAUCAAGCAGAACAAGUUCUCCAAAAUCUGAGCACCAUGGCAUCGGUUCCCAGCAGCCAAGUCAAAUGCAAGUUCAAGAGGAGGAGAAGGAGGAGGUCCAAGCGAAAAGAGAAAACGAACAUGUUGUCUGCACUGAUCGCCCCUUACAAGUACAUGAGCCCAGCAGCCAAUUGCACAGAAGAUGAGGACACAUUGAGCACCAGCAGUGCUGAGGUCAAGGAGAACCGUAACACGGGAAAUUUGGAAGAUUGUGCCAUUGUUCCAUCAGACUGCCAAACGCUCUUCCUGUCCGAUGCGCCCAGGGAUGGGGCAUCUGGCCUUAAACGAAAGCGACCUUUGGAGGAGGAUAAUAUUGGACACUUGUGCAAAUUGCGUCUGUACUGCAAGAAACUGGCAUGGUCCGAUGCACCAAAGAAUGCUCUGGUCCAGCUGAACGAGCUGAGACCGGGUCUACAGUAUCGGAUGGUCUCUCAGACAGGACCAGUGCACGCACCUCUCUUUUCCAUCGCCGUGGAAGUCAACGGACUCACGUUUGAGGGCACCGGCCCUACGAAGAAAAAAGCUAAGAUGAAGGCAGCCGAGAUGGCCCUGAAGUCCUUCAUCCAGUUUCCCAAUGCCUCGCAAGCUCACUCGGCCAUGGGCGGCCUGAGCAACCCUGCGGCCGACUUCACCUCAGACCAGGCCGACUUCCCAGACACGCUGUUCAAAGGCUUCGAGCCUGACGGCUGCCGCUCUGCCGAGAGCGAGUUGCUGUCUAGUGCCCUCCGUCUGCGCCACACAUUGGACUUGAUGGUGGUGCAGGCCAGGCAAGGAGAUCCCUGCCUCCCCCCACCUCCAGUUCCCGCCACCCAGCCCAGUCCGGUCGUCCUGCUCAAUGACCUGCGGCCCGGCCUGAGAUACGCCUGCCUGUCGGAGCGGGUUCAGGGCAAACGGGCACACCGCAGCUUCGUCAUGGCCGUUCGAGUGGAUGGCAGGAUAUUCGAGGGCUCGGGUCGCAGUAAGAAGCAGGCGAAGAGGCAGGCGGCUCUGUGUGCCCUGCAGGCGCUCUUCAACUUCAGGCUGGCACCUGAGGCGAGAGCGGGACACCGGCCCAGUAGGAUCAAAUGCCCUCAUUUGCCCCAGGAGUUUGCGGAUGCGAUAUUCCACCUGGUGCGAGAGAAAUACACAGAGCUGGCCGGCUGCUCCUCGCUGCUGCACGCGCGUCACAAAGGCCUGGCGGGCAUCGUCAUGACCAGAGGUCUGGAUCUGAGACAGGCCCAAGUGGUGGCGCUAUCGACCGGCACUAAAUGCAUUAAUGGAGAAUAUAUCAGUGACCAGGGUCUGGCGGUCAACGAUUGUCACGCUGAAAUCACCACCAGACGAGCCCUGCUGCGGUUCCUGUACUCCCAGCUAGAGUUACACCUCAGAAAAAGGAAAGAGGACUGGGAGCAAUCGAUCUUCGUACGGCACAAAGAUUCCUGUUUGAGACUGCGAGAGAACGUCCUCUUCCACAUGUACAUCAGUACGUCGCCCUGCGGGGACGGCCGUGUCAACUCGCCGUAUGAAAUCACCUCCGAUUUGCACAGCAACAGACAGUUGGUGAAGAAGUUUCACAGCCACCUACGGACAAAGAUUGAAUCUGGGGAGGGUACGCUGCCCGUGAAGUCCACUGGUCCCUUUCAGACGUGGGACGGAGUCCUUCAAGGAGAACGUCUCAUCACCAUGUCAUGCACCGACAAAAUUUCUAGGUGGAAUGUGCUCGGCCUGCAGGGGGCAUUGCUUAGUCAUUUUGUGGAACCGGUGUAUCUGUACAGCCUGACGGUGGGCAGCCUACGACACACGGGUCACUUCUCCAGGAUGAUGAACCACAGGCUGGAGAGAGUCGGCCCUCUGCCUACAUGCUACCACCGUAACCAGCCUCUACUGAGUGGCCUGAGCAACAGCGACUGCAGGCAGCAGGGGAAGUCCGUGUGUUACAGUGUCAAUUGGACGGCAGGUGACACCCAACUGGAGGUGCUCAACGCGUCUACUGGGAAGAGAAGAGACUCUGGGGCUCCGUCCAGACUUUGCAAGCAUGCGCUUUUUACACGCUGGAUCAGACUCUAUCGCAAGCUGGUGGUCCGUGGGGCGAGUGGUACGCCGCUGUACUGUGAAGCGAAGCAGGCGGCCGGCACCUACCAGACUGUGAAGCUGCAGUGGUUGAAGGGUCUACAGGAAGCAGGAUUAGGGACCUGGGUCAGAAAACCUCCCGAGCAGGAAAACUUCACUCUGACUGUAUGAGUGCGGAAGCCUGACCUCGUCACCAAAACCACCUUCACCUUGCAACCAGUCACCACAGAAGCCCUAUUUUACCCCUAAAGUCAACAACAUCCCACUGCCAAAAAAUCUCCACAGGGAGAUGACCGGAGUCACGACUUGGUGGUAAACCUUGUUCUGUCAAACUCUCGCAAAAUGUUGCUACCAAGGUAAGGAUGAGGCACGGAAGAAUUGUACCUUGGCUUUUAUGGCUUCUGUAGGGAGGGGUACAGUUAGUGUUUUUUUUUUUUCCAGACCAGUAAAGUGCAAACCGCCCCGCAGCCGAUUCUAUAGAUUUCAUUGGUCAUGUCAGUCACAACGCUGAAUACUAACCCCUAGCCUGAACCUGAGUUACUUAGCGUUGGAAGCACAUCCCCAAUAGAUAGCAUUACUAUUUGUUGCAAUGAAAUCCCUGCCAAAAUCUGGACUUUUAUUCGAGUUGACUAAAUGAUAUAGACGGAGGGGAGAGAUUUGCGCUUAACUGACAUAGAGAAAAAAAAAAUCAUGUGUAUGGUUAACGUUCCGACAUUAUGAAAGAUCCUAUACCUAUCCUCAACAUUUGAUUAAAACAUAGAACAAUAGAGUACCAAAUUGUUCUAGCUAUUCAAAAAAAGUUUCCCAACCACCGAGUGCAAUGCUAAGCUAGAAGGCUAAGCUAAGAACAAAUUCAAUGCAAAAUGAUUUUCUAGCAUUUCUAAUCAGGCUCAGAAUUGAAGACCCAAAAAGUUGUUUCCAAUGGAAUUGCUUUUGUGACCAAAUAAGAUGGGAUCUUUCAGGACAUUGAAAGCAAUGGAUUCCACUGCUAGGGUUGUCAAAUGUUCCCUAUAAUAUGGAAUCGUUCCGUAUUUAAGGCAUCAAAGAAGCUUGUCCCAUAUUCGCACGUAUACGGCGUUAGACCUAGACCAUACGUAAAACAAAUUCUCAAUUGAUAAUUAAACAUUCUUUAUGCACAAAUCAUUGUUUGAAUUGCGUUCGUAGCAAUUUGUGCAAGGCUUUAAGACCUUGCAGAAUCCUUUGUCGUCUAGUCGCUCCAGCUUCACAUCUAAAGGCGAUUCAGUUUCACCGUCCAUGUUUUGAUUUCGGCAAAUCAGUUUUGACGAAUGCAAACAAUGUGAUUAUUGAUCAUAAGUACAGCAUCCAGCUAGGCAAGAAACAUGCAGUCCACCUGAGGGAAUAUGUCUUUCGUUAGCUAAUAUUGUUAAAUAGAGAAAAAAAAAAAAAAUUUAACUUCUAGUGUGUCUUAAACUUGGACCUCAAUACAGAAGCACAAAUUCAAGCACCAAAAGCAGCCCACACUCUCCAAGUUCUCUUUAAUUUAAAAUUAUACAUUUUCAUUCAUUCAUGCUACAUGGUUGCAAUAACAUUUUAGUACAAAAUUUUAAGUGCCAUCUAGCGUUUCAUAGAUGUUCAGUUGUUAUUCUUUCAAGUUUUGUAUGCAUGUAAUUUCACAGUACGUAGUACACAGUUCAACAUAACAUUAAACUAUUACGUUCUUGUAAUGAGUUGCAGAAGCUUCCGGAAUACCUUUAGUGUGAAGGUAGAUCAUAUCAAAUUUGCUUUGUCCUCUUGUGUAACACUCCCAAGAUUUAAUUUUCUCAGCAUUUCAAUACACUGCACUACAGCGGAAGUUGCAGUGGCCAUUGAGGCCAAAUGCAGAAGCGAUCGUGCAUUCAGUCCAUUAUGGCAUGUCGAUUAUCGCAAAAUAAUUUGUCCAUCAGCAUUUAAAAACCAAAAACAUGGAAGUUUAGGUUUUACACUUAGUGGGUGCUUUGUUCUGGGAAACAAUGAACUGUAUAUAGCUUUUGCAAGACUUUUGGCAGAACAAGGGUUACCAGGUACGGAAUUGGCAACGAGGAAAAGUGAGAAACGGGGACAAUUUUCUCACAACAUAGCAGAUGGAAAGAUGGUCACCUCUCUCUCUCUCUCCUUCUCUCUCUGUCUCCACUGACGGCUCUCCUGUAGCUGUCAUUCAAACGUGUGUAUGUGUGUUAACCUUCGCCAAAGUGAAAGGCAGCCGCCGUCUUGUCAUUAUCUGCCCGUUUCCGGAUGGCCUGCCCCUGAAGAGCUCCGACACGCUGUCCAAUUAGAGGUCCUGUCAGAGUGAUGCGUCCCUCAUUUUCCUCUCUCUCCUUUGCCUUUGGUUCAUUGGUACAACUUCAAAAUCGGGAGGAAAAAAAAGAGGGAACGAAAAAACAGUAGGGGUUGACAUUGCAAAGACAGGUUAAUUCAGCUCCAUUUCGGGUGUGCAGGUUAGAGGUAAUGGUGACAAGCUAAUGUAAAUGGUACCAUUACGACACCCCAGGUCUCUUGCCGUUUUUUGAGCAGGGACAGCUUGCUGCUUUAAUACCUGAAUCCCACUCACCGGUGACGUGUCAUUUCUCCGCUGGUUUCUCUUUGUGUAUCUUUACACAGGGUGUUCCAGGCAGAGACUAGCGUGAAAAGAAAGGGAAACGUCGGCGGUUUGAUGUAGGCACAAAAGACGAAAAGAAAAUGGAGUAAAGAGUGCGAGUAGAGAUCCGUGAUUAUGGAGUCAUUUGUAGUUAAUGGAUUUAUUUACAAACCGAGCACAUUACAAAUUGCUUCGUAAAGCCUGACCCAACCUUUGAAACGCAUGCCACUUUAACCGAGGUUUAACCAAUGAUUCUCCUGCAUUCAUUUAAUUUACAGAUACAUCCCAUUCAUGUCUUUUUGAUUUAGAUGUGCGCUUUUCUGUGGUUUAGUAUGCGUGCUUAAACCUUGAAUUAUUUUGUCAAGUUAACAUUAUUUGUCUGUGAAGAUGUUUAUUGUUGUAUACAAAUACAGUCAUAUUACUCCAUGAUGAUUAUAUUUUAAUGGUUGAUUCCUUUCUUGCCGUAGUUCGUUAUUGCACAAUUUGUUACUGCUUUGAGUAUAUUAUCACAGCACGUGUUUUUUUUUCAUAAGCUUUCAGUAUGUAUUUUCAAAUGGCACUUUGUCGACCUUUGCUGAGAUGUCAUGUAUCCACCCCUUUACAAACAGCUCAAGAUGUUACAGGGACACCCAGUGGUGGUAAAUAUAUUUAAGGUUUUCUCUGACCCCUGUUUAAUGUCUGAUGUUAUAUAAAUAUAUUUUAAAUAAUGAAUCCAUCCCAGCUUAAAUGUGAUCAUUUUGUCUACUAAUAGAAAUAGAAUAUCAAUAGAAAGAUGGUGAAACUGAGAGAUCGAAAUAUGUAACCCAGCAUUACCAACCUUUGGCUGCUUUGUUAUCAGGAUUUAUUUUUUUCCCAAAAAUGACUAAAAGGUUCAACUUGAUGAUAUUGAACGGAAUGAUCUGUUUCAUAGUUAUUUCCACCACACUGACAACCCAGUUUGAAACUGACAUAAUUGGAAAGACAGUUAAUGCAUGUCUCUCUUAUGUACUUGUUUCACUUACCUUUUUUUGGGCAAUAUUUGUUUUAUGUUUGGGUUGAACCUUUUCUUCAUUACAACAGAAACAUGAAAAGCCCCAGACAAAACUACAUCUCAAGUAAUUCAGUCGUAAGGCAUGAUUGAAUGGCAAUAUUGUACUAAUGACUGUACAUUUUGUAAACAUUUGUAAAAAAGAAAAAAAUUAAGAAUACCUUAAAGAUAUGUCUAAAUAAAGUGUACAUUUUAACCCAAAAGCAUAUGCUCCUAAGGUGUGUACAUUGCACUUGAGUUAAAAGUGAAUGUUUAUGUGAAUAAAAACAAAAAUGUUGUGUUA